GACCAAGAGAAUGUGGACCGGUUCCUUUACCCGAGCGAGACUGAAACCUCUGGCGGCUCCAUUUGGACGGCCGGGGGCCGCAAGGGCGCCGCAGUGGACCUUUUGUGGCUCUUCUACGGAGACUCUUCCGAAACCAGGAUUGGGAACGAGCACGGAGGCGGUCAUGUGCCCAUUGAACGACUGCCCCCCUACACAUGCGGUUUGGAGAUCGCCUACCACAAAUACAACAUGAAUGGGAUCGCCUUUAUGAACAUCAAGAACCAGUCCCUGGCAAUCCAGGGCUAUGACGAAGAGCGUGGGAUGAAUGCGGCUCGGAUGUACACAGGGCCCGGCCUGUGCGGCCUCUAUACCCUGCACCAGUUCCACAAGUACAACAAGCCACGCAAACAUCACGAGAGCUGGACCUUGGGUGAUGGCAUUUUGUUGAGCUUCAAAUGGGAGCCAGUAAUGGAGGACGAGUUUUGA